CUCCUCCUCCUCCUCCUCCCUCCCUCCUUCCCCUUCUCCCGUCUCAUGCUCGUCUCGAUGGCGAACGCCAGCGAGCUCGAAGAGACCAACAGCUCUCUUCAGAAUUACGCCAUCACCGCGUCGGCCGUCAAGCUGGCUUCCCUGGGUUUGAUCAUCUGCAUCAGCCUGACCGGCAACCUGCUGCUCUCCUUCCUGCUCUUCAAAGAGCCGAGCCUGCACCGGGCUCCUUAUUACUUUCUGCUCGAUCUGUGCCUGGCCGACAUCGUGCGCUCGCUGCUCUGUUUCCCGUUCGUCAUGAUCUCCAUCAGCAGCGGCUCGGCGUGGACCUACAGUCUGCUCAGCUGCAAGAUCAUCGCCUUCGCCGCCGUCCUCUUCUGCUUCCACGCCGCCUUCAUGAUGUUCUGCAUUAGCAUCACCCGCUACAUGGCCAUCGCCCACCACCGCUUCUACUCCAAGCGAAUGACGGUGUGGACUUGCGUGGCGGUCAUCUGCAUGGUGUGGACUCUCUCCGUGGCCAUGGCCUUCCCGCCAGUUUUCGAUGUAGGCACUUACAAGUUCAUUCGCGGGGAAGAGCAGUGCAUCUUCGAGCACCGCUACGUGAAGGCCAACGACACCCUGGGCUUCAUGCUGAUGCUGGCGGUCAUCAUCGCCGCCACACAUAUGGUCUACGUCAAGCUCAUCUUCUUCGUCUACGACCAUCGCAAGAUGAAGCCGGCGCAGUUGAUCCCGGCCAUCAGCCAAAACUGGACGUUUCACGGGCCGGGAGCGACGGGCCAAGCGGCCGCCAACUGGAUCGCGGGCUUCGGCAGAGGUCCCACGCCGCCCACCCUAGUGGGGAUCAGACAGACCACGCAUAACCAGAACAAGAGACUGCUCGUCUUGGAUGAGUUCAAAAUGGAAAAGAGAAUAGGCAGGAUGUUCUACAUCAUAACCGUGCUCUUCCUGCUGUUGUGGUCGCCAUAUAUAGUCGCAUGUUACCUGAGGGUCUUUGUCAAAGCCAGUACCAUCCCUCAGGUGUACCUGACCGCCGCAGUCUGGAUGACAUUUGCCCAGGCGGGAGUCAACCCGAUCUUGUGCUUUAUCUUCAACAAAGAGCUGAGGAUUUGCUUCAGAACCCACUUCCCUUGUUUUCAAAGCACACAGACGCCUAGGGAAGCUUACUGCGUUAUUUAAAAGGACAUCUCGAAGAGUAAAAAGCCACCGCCUUUGUUUUUCUUAACUUAAACAAAAAAACAAAUCCGCUGAGGGGGAACUCAUAAUAAUAAUAAUGUAUGUGCAGGCGUUUGGCGGAUUAAUCUUUGUCACAGAACAGUCAACUGCACUGGUUUCUGUUUACAUUGAAGAAGUACGAGACGCUGAGUCAAGUGUUUUGAAGACAAGCCAAUUUCUCUGGAAUACGAAUUCAUGGAGGCCACUUUAUAUUAGCAUCUCUCGCGUUGUCUUCACGGUGGCUCCAGUUUGAUACAAAUUUUACUGAUUGCUUAAAAAAAAAGUAUUGAUCAGGGAAUUCAAACACCAAUAAGCACUUUUCCCAAUCUCAGAGUGUUUUACAAUAAAUGAAUUUAAUAUUUGUGCGCUAGUUGUGCUGCCCUUUACACAGGGCAGAGAAUUAUUAAUAAUAUCCAGAAGAAAACAAGGCAACUGGAGUGUAAAAAUUGUACAAAUCAUUAUUUCAGUGACACUUUUCACCCUUCCCACUCCAAUUUAAGAACUUUGUAUGAUUGUAUUUUCUUUUUGAUAUUUUCUUAGCUUGUUUCUCUGCAUUGUAAUAUACUGAAGAAAAUGUUUUGACCGUUAAACAUUACUUUUUGCAAUUUCAUAUCUUAAUGUGCAUUUUACAAACUGUCUUUGAAAAACAAAUGUCAAUUUUACAUUUCUUUCUCUAGCAGAAUAUAAAUGUCUAGUAGUGUUAGCUGUAGUUAUUGUCAUACAAAGUUAACAAAUUAGUAAGUUAUGCUGUACUCAUCAUUUGAUUGAUUCAAGAUGGUAGCUCUU